CCACUCCCUCAAACACACGCUGCUUCCAGCUGAACUGUCACUGAAAACUGCUCCACGCCGCUCCAUCUCUGCGCGUCCAGCUGUGCGCACAUCUGAUCCGGGACCGGAGCCUUUAAAGACUGAUCGGAGAGCAGGGAGGGGGAAUAUAAACGACAAACAUGGCUUCUAAUGCUACGGGUUGCCUGAAACUGUCCGAGGACCAAAUUAAAGUGCUGGAGGAAAAUUUCAACAAAGUCACAAAGCAUCCUGACGGGACGACCCUCAUGUUGAUCGCUGCGGAGUGCGGGCUGUCAGAGGAGGACACAGAGAAAUGGUUCAAGCAGCGUAACGCAAAGUGGAGGCAGGCAGAGGGUCUACCAGCAGAACUAGGAUCAGUGUUGGACUGAGACUUUCUGGCCUCCUUCUGAUGCACAAAGCUCUUUGCUGACCUUAUUCCUCCUGAACGGACUGACCUACCUUUGCCUUGCCAAAUGUCCAUUCCUCCUUUUGUAUCUAUAAAGCUCACUUUUCUUGCAAAAUAUGAAAUUUGUGUGCCAUUUUAAUCUUAUUUGCAUAAAUAAACAUAUUGUUAUUGUAAGUAA